AUUAACUCUCUAAUCUAGAUGUCAAAUUCUAAUUUAGAUUAAAAAAUUCCAAAUCAUACCUACUAAAUAAUUUAAUGGCUAAUGACAAUAACCUUUCAAAAACGGCCACUUUAUCCAACAAAAUCUUAUCCUCAACACCUCAUUUUCCUUCUAUAUAACUUCCCUUCUCUUCUUCCCCCAAACACUUUUCCCACUCCACUAAUUUUCACAUAAUUUCAAACACCUUCCCAUUUCAAGAAAUGGAACAAAGAAAAUUACUUAAUUAUUUUCUGUGAAUUUUCUUCAAUAUAUAUAUUGAAAUUAAUAUUAUUUUGCUAUAAAAAUAUUUUCUUUUUAAUUAAAAAAAAACAUUUAAGAGAAUUAUUAACGAUGGGUUUUCUAGACAAGCUAUGGGAUGAAACAUUGGCCGGACCAGCUCCAGAAAAGGGUCUAGCUAGACUUCGAAAGUAUAAUUCAUUAUCAGCCGUCCGAUCACCAAAUCACCCCAUUGUUGAUGUUGAUAAUCGUUAUCAUGGCGAUCAUGAUGAUCAGACGGUUCCUGUUUCACGCAGCAUAACUAUUCUUCGUAGCAAGAGUCUAUCUGUUGACCCUGGAUCUCCUGCUUCUUCUCCUUCCAACUCUAGUGGGCCCUCAUCCCCUUUUUCACCUGGAGGUACGGGUAAAGAUCCAGAUCCGGAUCAUUUGAAGAGAUUCAUCCGAAAAAAGCCGACGACGGUCGAAGCUUCGGAGCAUGCUAACGCAACUGGUCCCACCGUUUAUGAUUGGAUUUUGAUAAGUGCUUUGGAUCGUUGACGACAAUGGAGUAGUGACAAUAUUUAAUAAGAUGUACUCAGUUUGCCCUACGCAUUAUCGAACAAUUGCGUUUUCGGCACUGUUUAUAAUAUGUCUUGAUUUAUAUUGUAUCCAGAUAUUAAUCUAUAAUAUAUAUAUAAUAUAGUUAGUAUAA